AUGAAUAACCUUGAUAUCUCUACUACUCCUCCUGAUGCCACCUCUAUGGCAAUCGUGGAAUCAGGACACGAUUUGGGAAUGCGUUGCAAAUAUGGCGACGAGGAGCUUGAAGACACAAAUUAUUUACAACGAAAUUCUACUACCAUACAAGAAUCAUCAAACACCGUUUCAAACAGACUCCAAUGGCAACCCGAGAGCAAUAAAAGUACCGAUAUCAAAACUAGCCACCUGGAUGACCAUUCUAGCACCAGUCCGCAACAAACGUCCAACAACAGUGAACGUGUCAUGGAAGAUCAAUCGAAAAAUAGAAAACGACUCACAUCUCUUCCCGAAAGAUCAGAGUGGAACAAUAAGUCAAAGUCGACGACAAUGGGAAUACGGGAAUUGUGCGAAAACUAUUCCCUGGAUUUACCUAGCAAAGCUGGGACCCAAUAUUCCGAUCGCUACGCGCACAAUAAAUGUGCGAACGAAACAAAUAAUUCCACCUUGUCAGAAUUGUCAAACUUGCCAGAUUACAUUUGUGAACAUUUAGGUAAAAAUAAUCAGUUUGGGUUUCACAAAAUUACAAACGAUGAUUCAUUCGACGUUAUAGGCGAUGAAUUUAUUGAAUAUCUUAAUGAGCAAUUUGGACUGACUGAUAUUAAACCAGUAUUCAUGGAUCGUUCUGGAUUCGUCAUCUGGUUAUUAGACAAAGAUGGUGAUAUGUAUCAAUGGAACGAGAUGGAGAUAAAUCUUCUAUACAUGGGAAAGAAUCUUGUAGAUGGCCUCACGAAUUACUUUAUGCAUCCAGAAAAUAUUUGUCAAGUCAUGAACAAUGGUGAUCGAAUUCCAAUAAUGGAAUUUAAACGCCUUGUAGAUGAAGGAAUGUUAUAA